AUGAAGACGUUAACAUUAGUGUUUAUUUUAGGGCCACUAGUUCUGACUGAAGCAUUUCUCAUAAAAGUUCCGACUACAGUCACAACUUCGAGAAUUGCACCAGUCGGAUGGGUUCAUGUACAAAAGUUACUACUACCGUUAUUUGAAAAUGUUUGCGAAGAAAGUUCAGAUCCUACAGUGGUUAGAUUAAAUGAAGAAUUUAAACUGGAUCCGACACUCGGAAAUUAUUUGAAACCAGAUGUCAUCGAUAACCUUCUAAACUUGAAAUCCACGAAAGGCUUAUUAGGAAAGGGACAAAUAUUUACUGAAUAUAAUUCUGAUCACUUAGAUGAACUCAAAGCGGUAUUCGACGUAUUAUAUUAUGCGAACGAUUUCAACACUUUUUACAAAGCUGCUUGUUGGGCGAGACAAAGUCUAAAUUGUGGUUUAUUUGUUGACGCUGUAUAUUUGGCUAUUUUAAAUAGACGUGACACGGAAAAAAUAUCUGUACCACCACCAUACGAACUGUUGCCUAAUUAUUUCAUUCGAAAAGAUUUUAUUAUUAAAGCAUCUUCAUUAAUAAGAGGCGAAGAAAUUACAACAGAUACUGUUCGAAACGAAGGCAAUGCUUAUAUUUUAGAUGUUAAUUACACAACAAACUUUUACGAUGACAGUGACGUCAAUUUGGCUUACUUCCAUGAAGAUGUUGGCUUAAAUUCCUAUUAUUUCUUAACAAAACUUAAAAACUGUCGAUGGCUUAACGAUAAUGGAUCCGUUAAAAACAAUGGACAGUACAUAUAUCAUACACUUAAGCAAUUAAAUGCAAGAUAUAAUUUGGAAAGAUAUGCCAAUGGAUUACCAGAAUUAGUUGGAAUAGAUUGGGAUUACCUCAACGAGUCCCCUUACGAUCCUAUGCUAAUAUAUUCAAAUGGAAAUAGUUUCAGUGAGAGAAUGUCUAUUAAUAACAAUAAUGAUCUCAUAACUGUGCUUAAAAAUAUGGAAAGCAAUCUUCCCGCCGUUGUUAUGCACAUGAGAGACAAUGGGUACAACAAAUCCGAAAUACUCAACCACUUAAUGGACAUACUAGUAAAGGAUGAAAGGAGUUACGAAAACCUAGCACUACAAGUUCUUAGUGGUUCCGAUUCAGACUCUUAUUCGGUUUUAAAACACUACAUGACAACUGUAAGAGAUCCCAUCUUCUGGAAAUUAAAUAAAAAAAUUGUUGAUAUGGUAGACAAUGCUUUAAGUAUUUUGCCAACAUAUACAAGAAAUCAACUUUAUUUCCCCGGAGUUGAAGUACAAAACAUAGAAGUCAAAAAAAUGACAACAUCAUUCGACAGUUUCGAAUUUGAUGUCACUGAUGCUUUAAAAACGGAGAGUGAUGAAAUCAAGUUUCAAAUUAAGAUGUCUCAAAACAGAUUGAAUCACAAACCCUUUGCAGUUAAAAUUAAUGUCGCAUCUUUAGUAGCUCAAAAAGCACUAAUUAAAAUAUUUAUCGGUCCUAAGGUAAUGCCGGGUGAACUAGCCAAGAAGAAGAACCUCUUUAUGUUAUUAGACUGCUUUGAAGCUAGUUUAAAAAUAGGUAGUAAUGUAGUAACAAGAACAUCAAAUGAAAUGACUGACUUUUCUGAAGACCUUAUCUCACAAGAUGUUGUAUAUAAAAAAGUGUUGGAUACCGAAUUUGGAAUAGAUGCGUUGCCUCUAAAAUCAGUUUCAUCACAAAUCAAGUUCCCUUCUCGAUUAGCCCUUCCUAAAGGUACCAGCACUGGUUUACCACUGCAGGUAUUUGUUUUUAUAGCUCCUUACAUAAAAGCGAAUAUUGGUGGAUCAAGAACUAAUGUGGAAUUAAAUUCCGAUGCAAUAUUUUCUCCUGGAUACCCUCUUGAUUUAGAUAUAGAAAUACAAGAUUUAUUUAAUUUACCAAAUGCUUUAGUUAAAGAUAUCAUUAUAACACACAAGAGUGAAAGUCUUAAUAUAGAUGGUAAGCCUGGCAAUAAUUACAAAGAUGGUGUCAACAAUAAAUUAUGGCAAAAGGAUGAAAUAGAUUAUGUAAACCAAAAUAAUUUGUUAGGUUUGGCUGAGCGACCUGCAUUUACAAAGAAAACAUUUGACUAUAAAUCUAAAAAGAACCAAUAUGGAAAACGGCCAGACUAUUCUAAUAAAUUCACUGAAAAAGACAAGGAAAUUAAGAUUAAUGAACAAAAUCUAGAUAAAAACGAUGCGAUAUCUGAAGUGAAUCCUGAACCCGAAAACAUGGAGAUUAUAAAUAACAUUUACAUUACUCCUGAAAUGAGCCGGAAGGUUGAAUUGGACACAGACGAAAAUCUAAGAAAUGGUUAUAAAUUUUUAUUAGAUAAAGAUGAAAUGAAUAAUAUAAUACAUAAAGAAGUAAAUGAAGAAUACAAUAUAAAAAAUAAAUUCAUCCCAAGUAACGAUAAGGAUGUAUCUUAUAAAGUAGUCGUAGACAAAGAUGACCUUAAUAAUAUUUUACAUAAAGAAGUAAAUGAAGAAUACAAUAUAAAAAAUAAAUUAAUCCCAAGUAACGAUAAGGAUGUAUCUUAUAAAGUGGUGGUAGACAAAGAUGACCUUAAUAAUAUUUUACAUAAAGAAGUUAAUGAAGAAGUUAAAAGUAAGUUUAACAAAUAUGAAAAAGAUACAAAAGUAGAUAAAGAUAUAGAAAAUAUAAAAGUGGUUCAUGUUUAUGUGGAUAAAGAUGAUAAAAAUGAUAUUACAAAUCAAAAAUGGACUGAAAACAAUGUUAAACCUCAUGGCCUACUUGGUAUGCCAGGAAAAAGGUUUUCUAAUUUCUUCAAUAUAGUGUUUGAACCCCAAAAAUUAGAUGACAAAGUUUACGUUUAA